CAGCGCCUACAUGGCGCUGGGUGUGGGCAGGGCUUGUUGAGUCCUCUCUGUAUAAAUAGCCGUGUCCCUUUGGGGGAAGCAUUAGCAGCCCUGCUGAGCUCCCACCAACACCUCUGGAACCAUGCUCAGCUCUCUCCUGCGCUCAGCGCUCGUUUUGGCAGCAGUCUGCUGUCUUACAAGUGCAGAGACCGUCAUCACUUGUGAGGGCCGGAUGCAGCGACUGAGUUGUGAUCAAGGAGUGGUCAGUGUGCUCACAGUGGCCUACGGACGGACUGACGGACAGGAAUGCAGUGAGGGCAAACCUUCAGGACAGUUGGCCAACAUUGCAUGCUCUAAAACAGACGCUCUGGAAGCCCUUGCAAACAGGUGUAAUGGUAGGAAAGUCUGUGAAGUGGACAAAACUAUCUUCGGUGCCGACCCCUGCCCUGGCACCCACAAAUACAUCCAAACCACGUACACCUGCCUCCCUGCACAUCAUGUCGUCGCCUGUGAGCAUUCCAAGGCGGAAGUCAUCUGUGACGGCGGCCAGACGAUAGCGCUCAUUGGAGCGUUCUAUGGGCGCGCCGACCGAACCACCUGUAUAUACAAUGUUCCUGACAAGAAAUUAAAUAAAAUCGACUGCUUUGCUCCUACUGCGAACCAAGUUGUAACUGAAAGGUGCAACGGUAGCCGUUGUAGCGUCCAUGCGGUGAACUCAGUGUUUCAGGAUCCCUGUUCUGGGACCUUCAAGUACAUGGAACUGGCUUAUACCUGUCAAUAUCCCAUCUGAGGAGAGCAGCAGGCCUACACUACCAACACCAACAUCUGGAGACACAUGCCCCCCCCCAGCUCUCCAGCUCUCCACCUGAUGAAUGAAUCUUGAUCCUUUUUGCAUUAAAUGAUUAUUACAAAAUUCAAACUCAUGCUCUGAUGCAGUCAUGUGUGUUGUGAAACAAAGAACAUCAGUGCAUACAAGUAGGCCUUCAUCUUCUACCAGUGAGAACUUUUGAUGUCUUUACCGAUCCAUAUACACCAUUCUAUGUCUACUAGGUUGACCUUCUUAGGUCGGAGGUUAUCAAGGCCUCAUUAUUAAAGCUUCAGCCCGAUCUCAUCUAUAUAGCCAGACUUCUUCCUUCCCUGAGAUACUAAUCCAAGACACUGGAUCCACACACUUUGAAAAUCUCUUCAAACAAACAUUCUCUUCAAAAUUAAAAACAUAGAACUCUUAAAACCGUAAUGAGAUAAAGAUUGAUCUCAGCGGUGUAGAAAU